CUCAGAACCCCAGUCUAGCUGACUGCUGGGGCAGGAUGCGGGCCCCAGCACUGCUUCUGGUUGUCUUGGCUCCUGUCAUGCAGGUAUCUUCCAACUUGAUGUUAAUCACUAGCAAGACUGGGGAGACUGCUUCGUUCCCUUGUGAUCUUACACAAGGGGCCACCUAUAUCCACUUGUACAAACAUGAGGAGGGGAUGGCCCCCCGACGCCUUUUAUACUACGACAGCUACAACUCAAAGCCUGUGCUUGAAUCAGGAAUCAGUGGAGCAAAAUACCAUGUCUAUAAGGGCACAGGGAGGAGCUAUACAUUUGCAAUCCUAAAUCUGCAAGCUAGUGAUUCCGGCAUAUACUACUGUGCUAUCUGGGAUAGGAAUAAUUACAUAAAAAACUUCAAUGUUGGAGCAAAACUCAUUGUCACAGAGAGAAACCUUGCUGCAGACACUUCCCCCAAGCCCACUGUUUUUCUUCCUUCAAUUGCUGAAAUCAACCAUGAUAAUGCUGGAACAUAUCUUUGUCUCCUGGAGAACUUUUUCCCUGAUGUUAUUACAGUGUCUUGGAGAGUAAAAAAUGACAAAAGAGCUCUGCCAUCCCAGCAGGGAAACACCAUGAAGACCAAGGACACAUACAUGAAGCUCAGCUGGCUGACCGUGACCGAAAACUCUAUGGAUAAACAACAUGUGUGUGUUGUCAAACACCAGAAAAAUAUAGGAGGAAUUGAUCAAGAGAUUAUUUUUCCUUCAAUAAAAGAAGUUGUCUCCUCAGCUGUCACUACUACUGAGCCUCCGACUACUGAGCCUCCAACUACUGAGCCUCCAAAUGAUUGUUUGACUGAUGAAAGCAAAGUUACAGGUACUGGUUCUAAAAAAGCUUGUCUGAAAGACGAAAGUGAAGUCACUGGUGAUACUAAUUCUACAAAGGCACGUCUGGAAGGUGAAAACAGUGCCCUGCAGCUGCAGCUCACGACCACCUCUGCCUAUUACACCUACCUCUUACUCCUCCUCCGGAGCGCAGUCUACUUUGUUGUCAUCAUUUCCUGUGUGUUUAGGAGAACAGGCGUCUGCUGUGACGGGAAGAUCUAGUGACGGGGGGUGGCUACCGAGAGGUCAACUUUCCUUCGCCAUCUACAGUCCCAGAAAUUCUCUCCUUGCUUUUUGGUUUGGGUUAUCUCAGUUCAGAUGUGUAUUUAUCUCUGAUGUCAUAAUUGUCCCACCCCCAAGUCCUUUCAACUCCUGAGCGCACACUGUGGGCAGCUCCCUGCCUCCUCCCUCAGCACCUCCACCCAGACCAUGACCCUGACCCUCCCUGUCACACACCCUGGAGAAGUCAGCUUUGCUGCUCGAAUUCUGUACUUAGAUUUUCAUAACAUGCACAAUAAAUACGAAAG